CAAGCACCAAGAACGAUGAGCACUACUCGGUUGAAACGCAAACUCGGAGAUCUGGGUAUUGACCCAGCAAGUUCAAAGGCGAAUGAGUCUUUUUGCUUGAUCGGCACACCGUUGCCUCCGCUCGAAAAGUCUCGGGAUACGGGAGAAUUCGUACCAUUGUGGAAACAGGAUGUCAGAGACGAGAAAGGGCGUCGAAGAUUGCAUGGUGCAUUCACAGGAGGUUUCUCUGCUGGAUAUUUCAACACUGUGGGCUCCAAAGAAGGAUGGGCACCCUCUACCUUCGUUUCUUCGCGUUCUGACCGCGCUCAGAAGCGUGCCGCACGGCCGGAAGACUUCAUGGAUGAAGAAGACAUCGCUGAACGCCGAGCUGAUUUGAAUCUCGUUGACGAAAAUGAGCAGAUGGACCUCCUUGGUGGAACGCAAGCUGAGAUGAGUCGCCGCGCUGGUACCGAAGAGGAUGAGAAAGACCCCAUCACGCUAGCGCUGGAACAGUCCCUUCUUCCCGCACCUAAAGAUUCCGUCGGGGCUCGCAUACUGAAGAAGAUGGGUUGGCGCAUUGGGCAAGGAAUUGGCCCACGCGUGACAUGGCGCCAGCGUGCUAUUCAAGACGGACGCGAUCUAGAUGCUGAAGUGGACGAAGAGGCGAAGAAGCACUUGUAUGCUCCAAAAAAUACGCCAUUACUGGUUCCAGCGAGAAAAGACAACUCACAUGGACUAGGGUACUCCCCUGGAAUGGGGCUACACGAUAGCUUAGGUAUGGAUGAUCUCGACAUUUACGAUGGCAAAGUAGUUCGCGGUGGCAGUCGUACUGCAUAUGAUGCAAGCGAUGUACAUGACGACGACCAUAUAACUUCUGGUACUAGGCAUGCAGGUCGUAAGGGAGCUCCACCACCACCUGUAAGCAUUCAUUUCUUUUUUCUACUUAGAUCGUCCUCAUCAGGCGGUAAAUUUAGUGAUGGUAAAUCACCUGUAGCAGGUUUUGUAGUCUCUGACAAACCUGUUGCUCAAGAUGAAUGGUUUCCUUUGCCUGAUAUACCUAAGGACUGGAAGCCAGACCCUACACGCGUCUGGGGUGGCAAAGAGAAUGUAGACGCUGAAAGAGAGGAACCAACCGGUGGCGCUCCACGACCACAACCUCACGCUCAAUGGAAAACUGGUAAAACAGCAGGCGAGCGAGGAGCUAUAUUGGGUGAAAUAUCCCAACCUUCAGCACCUCGCUCAGUGUUUGAAUACAUGUCACAAAAGGACCAAGAACGCAUCAGGUCAUUCACUUCUAUUCCCAACCGAUUUGUACCGCCUUCCAACGAUCGUCCAACCUCGCCGGCGCUACCGUCGGCCCCUCUUACCAUCCCACAUACCGAGCCCCAAGUUGCUCAAUCCGCGUUACUCGGCUUCCGACCCUUCACCUCAGAUCCCACCAAGCAAGCACGGUACAACCGUUAUCUGCAGGCUGCUGCAGACCCUGGCGGCACCACAUCACCUCCACAACCCACUCCAGGACAAGAUGCCGACUCUUUUGGAAGAGAGAUGGCUGAGUAUGCAAAGGCGGCUGCUCUAUUCCGCCCCGUAUCGGGUGCCAUGGCAGGAAGAUUCACUAGUGCGGCGGUGCUAGACCUGGGCCCAAAAAUUAUUGAAGGGUUGCAUCAACCAGUUGCAGGUGAAAGUGCCGAUGAUGACGCUGAUGAACAAGACGAACGGGAGGAACGGAUAGAGGAGAAGAUGGAGGAGGAUCCGAAGGUUCACGCUGCGAAGCUGGGGAUGUAUGGUCCUAUGACACGCGAGACGGUGGUAUGGCAGCCUGCGAGGCUGCUGUGCAAGAGGUUCGGGGUGAAGGAGCCAAAUCCGGAGCCUGUCGAUGAAAAGGUGGCACCUUCUGAUCCGGGGUCGGGAUGGCAGCCUGAGUCAGAGUUGUCAAAAGCGGAUGCAAGCGUGCCAGCUUCUGGUAGUGGUGAUGUUCCUGCAAGUGUGGACGGUGGCAAGAAGAAGAGACGAGAUAUCGCAAAUAUCGGAUUAGGUGAGGAUGAUGGGCAGGGAGAGGACACGUUGACGUAUGUACGGCCCGCGAUGGACGUGUUCAAGGCUAUAUUUGCAAGUGACGACGAGGAAAGUGAGGAUGAAGGUGGACAGAAUGGAGACGAUGGGAAGAAAGCUGAAGAGGGUGAAGAUGGAGCUAUCACCGGUGUUGCUGCGAUAGAAUCAUCUUCUACGCCAGUACCCAUGCCUCCACCCGCAGAGGCGGGUCCAUCCACCACUCCUGCCUCUCAGCUAAACCCGAAUGGAGUCCCCUCCACGGAGAAGAUAGAUCUAGCUACUUUCAAGCCAACAUUCAUUCCCCGAUCCGAGCGGGAAGGCAAAUCCAAGAAGUCAAAGGAGAAAGACAAGGAAAAGAAGAGUAAGAAGAAAAAGGGAGGUGCACUCGUCUCAUUCGAGGUAGAUGAAGGAGGUGAGGAGUCGUUAUCGUUCUCUACUCCUCGGGAAAGGCGGAAGGAUCGCGAUCGACCAAAGAAAAAGAAACGGAGGGACAACGAACAUGAAGCUGAUCGUGGCGACGAGGGCGACGACGAGGGUAUGUGGGUAGAGAAGCCGCCACCUGCAUUCGUAAAGACUUUGGCCAUGGAUGAACCACCACCAAUCGGUAUUGGGAGCCUGGGCGCUAAUGAUACGGCUGAUAACAUGGACGUACUUAUGGGAGAUACAGAGCGCCCUAUGAGAGGGCGAAAGCGCGCAGUAGAUUUCAUGUAGUCUACAGUCUACUGUAAAUGUAGUAUAAUGCUAUUUUUGUUUUAUUCCUCGUCUUCACUACCCUCCUCCUCCUGCUUAUCUUCACCAUCAUCUUCGCCCUGUGAGUGCCAACCUUCAAGUCCUUCAUGUUGUUCCUCCUCGCUGUCCUCGUGUCCAUGCCCAUUGUCAGCACGCUUUCUCUUUCCAUUUACUGCAUUCGCAAUUUCGGACGGCUCGCCUUCUGCUAUCGUCAUGCAAGUCAGCCUAGUGCCCUUGGUGUCGUAUUCAGCAACAGGAUGUAUUUCCAAUUUUUCUUCACAAUGUGCUGGCAGAGAAGCCAAAUCAUACACAUGGAUCUUCCCAUCUGAGGAGACGGUACAGACUAUCGUUGUGGACAAUCUGGCGCUUUUUU